UCCUUCUUGAUUCAGUUUGCUUAUACUUGAAAAUUAAGUUCUCUUUGUAAAUUUUGUAAAAUUGUGAUUCGGAUAUCCAAUUUCCUCAUUCAAAUUUAGUCUGUUAGGUCGUGAUAUUUGAUUUCCGAUUUGAGCAAUGGUCAGCUUAGGUUCGGAUUCGCGACAAACUGGGGGUUAUUUUUUCCAUGACCACAGUAGUCUCCAGGACAGCGACAGAGAUGAACUUCUCUCAGAAACACCCUCUCUAUCCACCACUCACGAUCCACCAUACAGGAAAAUCCACACCAUUUGGGCAGCAGCUCUGGAGAUAACAGUUAUUAUUGUAGUAGAGAUCUGUGUCUUCGUGAUUCCGUUGGGAGGAGUUUGUAAGGCUUCUGUCUGCUCCAACUUCUCUGUCCUGUGUUACAUGCAUGGAGGACUGUGGGUAGUGAUGCUCAUGUUUGACUUCUUCUAUCGGAUACAACACAACAAGAACAGGAAGCUGGGGUACCUAGAGUUUUACAGGAGAACACGCUACAUAAGACGAGUGCCCCUGCUGGUCAGCUCAGGAGCCAAUGUGUUGCUAGUGAUUGUCCUGACUCUUCACUAUGAUAAUGUCAUCCACGAGAAGGACCUUGGACUUGUCCUUCAGGUCGGAAUUUCCAUGGAGAUGGCAGCCAUACUGUUGUUUCUGAUAUGGUACUUAGUGAUGUCCGUAAACUUCAAUAACAGUCAGGUUGGACCAGAUGUGGCAAGGGAGGACCUAAUGAACAGUUUUAUGCAGACUAGUGUGUCCUCAGAAAUAGGUUUCAAGGAUGAUAGUUACUCAGACCAAGUUCUGGAGAGACAGGCGGACAUGAUCCGGUACCUGAAACAGCACAACGUUCAGCUGGGGAAACGUCUGCUGGCCCUCACUGAAGAGAACAGCAUGCUGAAAGCCAAUCGCUGAGCCGGACACAAAAACACUGAGCCAAUCAGAAGGAAUCUUCCAUACCAGGGGACUGUGCAAUGUGAUACUUCUUGGUCAAUGCAGUAGCACUAAUUGAAUGAGUGAACCAUGCUUACAUUAUAUACAUGUAUCAAUGUGCUAAGACUCUUGUGUUGUAUUAUCAUAUAUUGCCUUCGAACCGUUUUAUUGGAACCAAGCAUUUAUUGUAUAGUGUGUUGUUAUGUAGGCAUCAGUAUUACAUCAUUGUCAAUCAUAAGUCCUGGCUGUCUGUUUAUUGAAUGGACUUGAUUUACACCUCUGUCCAUUACAUGCACCUAAUAGAACUGAUUUCUCAACGAUUCAUACUUCUUUGCACUGGUAAGCUUUACGCCUGUGUGACACUCAGACAAUUGUGUUUUUCAACUUGUAUGAUUUAUUUAUUGAUAAUUAGAAGUUGUAACACCAUAACAAUUUCUCUCCAAUAAAACACAUAGAAAAAUCAA